AUGUUUAAGUUCCUCCCCGUCCUCUUUCUGGCUGUCCUCCUCCUCACCUUCACCACCCCCACCACCGCCAUCGAAGGCAACACCGUCUGCGAGACCAGCUCCGGCUCCCCCCUCGCCUCCGAGUUCAUUUCCGUCGCCAAAGACUUCGAAGACCGUGUCGUCCCCGGGGGCCGCGGGCCUUGCAUUCAGGGAAAGUUCAACGACAUCAAUGGCCGUCCUGGAUGCUCCAAGUGCUGGGACUUGGGCAGUGGCCGUCUCGUCGUCUCGAUCUGCGGAACCAAGGACUCCAGAUACUCCUACAGUGACCUUGCGGCGUCUCUUAGGAGACUUGAGCGCGAGUGCACCAACAGCUUUGGAGGCACCCGCAGGACUGGGGGGAAGUGGAGGGUUCAGGGAGGACAGUUCGAGAUCCUUGUGCAUUUCUAA